AAAUGCUUUGAAUAUUUUAUUUUUGUAAUUGUUCAGUGUAUAUAAAUGGUACCAAAAGUGCUUAUAAUUAAAAUUCAAGUAUUCGCUAUACGAUCAAUAAUCUGUAAACUUAAUGCGCUAGUUUCAAUCCAAUGCAUACACAUUACAUUAAUAAUGUAAAAAAAUAUAUUUAUAACGUAGUAUACUGCAUGCAUCAUCGCAUUGUUGAUCGACAAGCUUGUUCAACUUCCAUUGGUAAUGAUAACAUCAUAAUUGCUAAAUAAAAACUAAGAACAUCUACAUAAUUCUGUUGUUUUCAAUCUUUCACUACGAUUGGCACAACAAGUAAUAAUCAUCUACUCUCAUCUUUUGAUAUUAUUUGCAUAUAAUGUUACACUGUAGCAAUACUUUGUUCAUUUCUUAACCUAUUAAUAGUAUCAUUAACAGAGAAAAACAAUAACACACACAAUUACCAAUAUAAAAUAUCACUUAGAACAAAUUGAACGAUAACGGUAAUAAAAUGACGAUGAAUUAAACUUAUUUAUAGAAGAAUAUUAACCGAUUCGAAUAGAAAAAUAAAGGUUAGAAAAUAAAUGGGUACUGUUGUUAUCGUUGUCGUCGAUGGGAGUGCAGUCAGCUGUGCAUACUGAUAGGUGGUGCCAUCUGGCUGGAAUAAGAUUGUUAUAGUGAACCACGAACACGUUGUCAGUGUCAGGGUCGUAUACGCUCCAAGUCAAGAGGGGUAAGAAAGGAAGAAAAAGAAGAAGGAUAACAGGGAAAGAGAGGGAGAAAGAGGGAGAGAAAAGAAACCUUGGCAAACAGCUGGCUGGGACGUUUUGACACAAGGAAGAAUGCAUUAGAUGUAGAAAGAAGGGAGAAAAACAAGUGUUACGAACAACCUACCCUAUUUUUCUUUUCGUUCUUUCUCGAAGAAGAAGAAGAAGAAGAAGAAGAAGAAAAAGAAAAAAAAAAGAAAAGAAGAAGAAAAAGAAGAAGAGGAUCAUGUCGCUCAUCGCCGAAUGCUUUCGUCGAUUGACUGACACGUCCUACAAAAGUGAAUUAAAGGGUUACAAAAUAACAGAUGUGAAUCGUACGAGAAAGUUCGGCGUAGCCUGUCGAAGUCUUCAGGAAUUGAAAAGGAAAGCUUGCACAAAAUUGAACAUAACAAACGAUCUGGCCGAGGUUAACGUCUUUCUUCUUGACGGAUCCUUGGUAGACGAGGAUUAUUUUCAUACGUUGGAACCGCAAACAACCUUGAUCUUGCAGAAACCAGGAGAGAAGGUUUUAUCCGAUGCUGAUCUUCUGUAUGACACUUUGCGUCGCGUGAAUAUCGAAUAUAUUACUGCCGGUGACAAAGUGACGCAAUUUCUAACAGAGAAUCUUAAGAACAAGAUCGCCGUUUUGAACAAUGCCUUGAACGUGGAUGACUCCAAGACAACGUGCAGCUUAAGAGAGGAACAUUCCGAGUGGUUUCGUGGACUAGAGACUAAUUAUACCAGUAAGGAAGCUUAUAUGCAUCGACGAUGUCAAGAUAGGAUACGAGGAUAUUUGUAUAAGACGAUCGAUCAGAUAAGAUCCUCGGAUAUAUAUUUAAAUGAUCGAAAAGCUCGACAGCAAUUAUUACAGACCAUAGCCUUCUUCAAAUUGCAAUUAAAAGAGGAUCAUUAUUUCGGUUAUUAUUUCGAUAGAAGUCGAGCAUCAAAGGACUCAAACGAAACGGAAAAACAUUUCGAUGAAGUAGAUUCUUCAAAUUGUUACGAUCAUUGUCCAUGCAAAUUGAGUCAUUUAGACGAUAGCACGCAUUUUCGUUUAUUCGGAAAUGUCAGAAGAAUCGAGGAUAAUUUGAAGAAUGACGAAGUAGACGCGAGAAAAAUCACCAAAGUAUCGGUCGAGAGAAAACAGGACGAUGGAAAUGAGGAGGAAUGUCCUUUUAGGAUUAAACUUCGAAAAGUAGAAGAACAGAAAGCUAUUUGCGAUCGCAAGGGAGAAUUUAGAUGUGAAGGAGUAUGGAACGCAAACGAAUGUGCUUAUGGAUCGAGACACAGGAUCAAUCCUUACAGAUCGAGGGAGGAACUUGUCCUAUUUUCCACGUGGAAUUUGGAUCACAAAAUCGAACGAUCGCGGACCCUCGUGCCAAGGCUUCUUAGUAUGUCACUUCAAGACACGGUAAACGAGAAAGACAUAUAUGAUAUUUAUGAAAAUCUUUUUACUUUGAAGAACUUGAGGCUGGUUCACGUCGUAUGUCACGAUAAGGGUUCACAUAAGACGGAAUAUUAAUAACAACGAUCCUAUUUAAAGAAAGAAAAAAAAAACGAAAGAGAAAGAGAGGGAAAAGGAGUGAAGGGGAGUAAAAUCACUACAAAUAGUCUUUUAUUAGUGGGAUAGUGCAAAUUAGUAAUAUAAUAUAGAACGAUGUUUACGUAUAUAUACAUACGUAUAUACAAUCACGUUUACGUACAUAUACACACACACAUAUAUAUAUAUAUAUAUGUACACAUAUAUAUAUAUAUUUAAAGAUUGUUAAUAUUAGUAAGAGAGAUUUAACAUAUUGUUAAUAUAUUGAAGUUGACAGUACUUUCGUUGCGUUGAGAGAAAAGGAAAGCAAUAUAUAAAGAGAAUAUAUUCUAUAAAUUUCUAUAUCGAUUCAAAUCUGUACGAGAGAAUAUCAUGUCCGACUAUGAGCAGUAUAUAACGAAGAGCUAUAUAUAAAAAAAAAAAAAAAAAAGAAAGAAAUAGAAAAAUCUACCGAUUACUUCGAUCACUGUUGUAAUAUUAAAUGUACGCUCUGUUUGACUGAUUCGAUUUAAGCGACAUUUCAAGAGAGAUUGCCUUCUUUUCCUCUUUAAUCUUAUUUUUUUUUUUCCAUAGAAAUGAUACAAGAUUUUUUCUUUUAAGAAACAAAGGAAAGCAUUCUCAUAGUUAUCUUUACUAUUGCGAACAAUGUAAUCUUUUGAACAGGGUGUACGUACAGUUCCUUCGUAAGAAUUUGUUAUCGUACAUUUUUCUUCGUGACUUGCGAUUACCAAAAAAAAAAAAAAAGAAAAAAGUAAUGAUAAAAAACGAUGAUAAAGGAUCGUUCCUUUUCUUACAGACUCGUUAAAAUAAAUAGAAAAUAUUAAUUCCUCGAUAAAAAAAAAAAAGAAAAGAAAUUGACUGUGCCGGCCUAAAGGACAUUCAUUCAUAGAUGCCUUUACACCGAUGAUAUAAUCUUUGUAAUUUUGACAAAAGUUCCAAACGAAAAUUUGGUUUUUUCAUAUAUCUUUAGCGCAACGGAAGAACCGUGGAAAGUAUAAUAAUAAAUAGCGAAUAUGUUGUUCGCUGAAAAAGAAAAAGACAAAAAAAAAAGUAAAGAAAAUUGUUAUUUCCAAAAUCUAGAAAUGAAGGAAUAUGUCUUAUUAAGUUUGGAUAAAAAGUGAAAAAAAAAA